UUAAACCAACCUAAAACCUAACCUCAAACAAUGGAUUUUAGUUGUCCUAGUUUGUCAAAGGUUUUAUUAGAUUUUAUGCUUUUUGUUGGCCUAUCCUAACACUAAAAUAUUUGGAAAGUUCUUAUUUUAUGUAGUAUCAAGAAACGUCGGCCAUGUCAUCAUCUACACCAGGAGUUGAAAUGAAGGCUCCUCGAGAGCAGUACGAUGAACUGCUUGGAGGUCAGACAUGCCUCCCCUCCCGUGUUAGUAUUCUGCACUUCGCAAAUGCCAGGAGUCAAGAGAUCUCAGCACUUACCGAAGCAAUUGAGGAUCCUCAAAACAAACAUCUGGCGUUCCAGCGGAUGCCAAGACAUCUACGAAGGCGAGCCAUGAGUCACAAUGUGAAGCGUAUGCCGAGAAGAUUGAGGGACGUUCAUUUGGCACAGUUAGAGAAGUCAGGGUUGCCAGUCAAGGGGAAGCGACCUAGCAGAAAGUUUCGUCGUCGGCCGAGUAACUUGCUCCAAGAAUACAACAGGAGACAGAGAAAGUAUGCGUGGUUGGAGACCCACAUCUGGCAUGCAAAACGUUUUCACAUGUUGGAACGCUGGGGCUACAAACUUCCUAACUACCCCAAUGACAAAGCGUACCGAGCCUGUUACCGGGCCACUGCCAAACACUGUUUAAUACAGGAUAUGUCAUACCUGAAUUGCAUUGAGCUUAAAGGAUCAGAAGAAGACAUCCUGAACGGUUUGAGACAACUAACCAGCACAGAAUGUGGAUUGACAUUCGCGGCUAAAGCAACUCUCAGGGGGACGAAGGAGGGCAGUGUGAUGACCUUCAAACAUGGAGCUUACCCUUUCCAUGCAAUUGGAAGGGUGAACUUCAUGUGGCGGCCAGAAGUGACCGAGAACUCUCAAACAAUCUGGAUUUGGUGUCACCCUGCUUUUUACAAAGAAUUCUUAGAAGAACUUAUUUUAGUUUUUCAAUUUCAAAGCGUAGAAAAUGAUCAAAUGGAACCCAAUGAGACUGAAAAGAAAGCCAUUAAUGUAGAAAUGAUCAAGCUACAAACUAAAAAUGUCGGUAGACUACCCAAAUACACCAACAAAACUGUAGUUAUGACUUUACUGAAGGACACUCUGAACAGGUUUCGCCUUACGGGGCCGCUAGCUCAAGUUGUACUUACGGAAGCUCUGAGAUUUGUCGAUAUCGAUAAAUUUAUUGGGGAAGACGAAAACAAAAUGGAAGUCGACAGCGGUAAGCUUAGGUCGUUUUGGCUGAAAGAGUUUUACAGUGAAAUGAAUUUGGGCAGUUUGAGGCAGCAAAAGACAUUUUGGGAACAGGUGCUGAAAGAUGUCAACUCCGCGGAUGAACUUCCUCCGAGGAUGAUUCUUGCCGCUACUGUGAUGGAUCCUCGAUUGUCAAUGCCGUCCUCUAGAACCAAAGCUGUGAACUUAGAAGUCACCAGUGUCCACGCCACGGUCCCUGCGGCACUCAGUAGCCAGAGUCCGCUGUGGGUGACGGAAAUGCGAGACUGUGUGAGCCACAGCAAGAUGGCCAUCGCGGAGCUGAAUAACCUGAGGUCGCGAGCUGUCGUUCCCGGCAUCUCGACAGUCGAGUGGCUCGGCCAACAACAUGUGAGUCACCUGCCAGUCUUGUUGGUGCAGAUUCCUGGCGAUAGAGACGUACGACGAGGCUACAGCUGUGGGUGGGACGUGAUAGCCCCGGCUGGAUGGGGGGCUCCGCUGUGGCUAGGACUGGUGCAUCGUGGGGCCUGGGCAGGGGGGCUGCGGGACACUGAGCGACUCACCCUGGAGACAGCCUCAGGCCCCAUCCUACCUCCCGACACUGCCGCGGGGCAGAGUCUAGCUCAGCUGAGGAGAACCCAGCUUCAGGACAAACACUUCCGGUUACCUCCAGACAAGCGUCCAAACUACGUCAAGCUCGGAGUUGUCACUCCAUUCUACAGCCCUUGGACAAUACUGCUUCAAGACUGGUCUUCUUCAACGGAAAAUACAAGUUUUUACGUGAUAAGAAACAGACUACAGCUACAGUACCUGAAUUGUUUGUUGAACAAGACCAAACCUGUCACAACCUGUAGCUUCAGUGAUAAUGAUAUAUCUUGCGGAAUCGUCCAAGUGUCCGUCGAAAUGAGUGGGAGAGGUUUGAUAAAAGAAUGUGCUUUAAUCUGUGCAGCAAACAAGAAGGACAUGAAGUUGACGAAGGAUAAAUCAGGUCGAGGACCAGUAGAGCCACUUCGAGAAGACAAGAAUGAGGAACGGAGGAAAACGGAGAGGGAUAAUCAUUUGAAGAAACUAAAGUGUUUGAGGAGAAAAAGGCUGAAAGCAAAACGUCAGUUGGAGGAUAAAGGAAUCUUUCUUUCAAAGGAAAAGACUAAGAAACGACCCACAGAGGCCAUCGUUGCUGAACAAGCUGAAUUAAUGCGAGAACUUUGGUUACCAAGUGAAAUAAAGAGUGUAAAAUGUUCUUCAAGUCGAAGUAUCGUCGGGUUUGUCACAAGUGGAGGUUCUUCGUUUACUCGAGCUUUGUCUACGGUUGGCUACGGUUUUGUCUCAUUGUCAGCACUGCUAAGUGUGAUGGAGAAGAACAAUCUGUUUCUAUUGAGAAACGUUAGUUCGUUGCAGUAUUACUUUGUCAGAUUAAAAAUAAUCUUUUAAAAGCAAAUGAACUAUAACUAUAUCCACCAUGUAUUUUUCACACAUUUUAUUAAGGAAGACUCUUUUGUUUGUAAA